UGCAGGCAGAUUCUUAUGGUUCUGAGAAUGCUUCGGUGCUGGAUACAUAUGCUGCAAUGAAAUCUGGGUUUAAAAAUCUGGAUGCACAUGGCAAGCCACGUGGAGCAAUACUUUGUGUUGCUCAAAAGCGGAUUGACAAUUAUCUUCAAGCAGCUAAAGAAGCCGAUUCAGAUCUUCCCGAUGAUUGGGUUCCUGAAGAGAUUGAUGGAGAGGUGUUAUAUAAAUCAGGUGGUGGCAUGCCACAUGGUCGAUUGCCAGUAGCAGAUGGGGCUGUUUGUAAAGAUGAAAUCAUAUAUGCUUGAAAGCAAGCAAAAAGAAUCCAGAACGUCGGUUCCUUUGGCAUCUCGACAAAGCCAUCAACUCCAGCGUGUAAUUGAAGAAAAUGGGGAGCUGAAGGUUGCCAAUCAGGGCCUAGUGCAAAAACUAGAGUUGCAUGAUCGACUCAUAUUGGAAAUCUUAAAGGACAUGGACAAAGAACCACCGGCUUGGCUUGGAACCAAUUUGCUUCCAACACCACAAGGAACUCCGAUCUCAUCUCGUGUCGUAUCCCAAGGUGCCCAAAGCAACAUUGGUGGUGACUUGGAAGGCUUGGAAGUGAUGGCUCACAAGGAUGGCGGUGCCAACAUGGUUGACGAGGAAAGCAACCAUGACUUGGUGGCUGAGCAAACCGAUGGCAACAACAGCAACAACAGAUCGUGUGGGGGGACUAAAGGCUCCAACAACCCGGUCCAGAGUCCUGACAAGUGAAGGUUGUUGUCGGACGGUUCUAACUUUUGGUCACUUGGAACAUUGUGAGUCCUGACGUAUGAAGGUGGUUGGAUGGUUCUAACUUUUCACAAGUGAAGGUGGUUUGCUGGACUUGUGUA